AUGGUUGUCGAGAGUAAAAGGCGAACGGCGCCGCCGUUACCACCGCCGACCGAUACAAACUCGACCAGCUUGACCGGAACCACAAGCGAAACUGGGACCGAUCUUUCCAAGGACGACAAGUCAUCUUAUUCACUCCCAGAGGAUGGCACUCCUGUUACCAUCAAAACCCAUCGCGCCACCGGGUCACGGGCAUCUCUGUUGAUCGAGUACUUCGAAGGCGGCAGGGCCAGCACUACUUCCGGUGCUAGUGACAAUCGCAAGCCUAGCGUCCGUGUCCGUGUUACCCCGGGCAGUAAACACCGAUCGAAGGGGUCUUCGGGCGGUCGCAUUGAGAUCACGCAAACUAAAUUGAGGAGAGCAAGUGUCAGCCGCCGUUCGGCUCAUAAGAGCGCUGCCCAGAGCGAGCCCGAGAACCUCUCGGUUGCUCCUGAGGAUAACGACGACGCUACCUCGUACGCCUCUGCUACAGAGGAGAGCACUGUGAGUCGAAACGUUGAUAUUGAUAUCGACCGGCCUUCGAACGCACGUCGUCGUCGCCCAGCCAGUCCCCUGAUUCCGACGGGGGAUGAGAGCAAGCUCAGCUACGGACAAAACACCAUGAGUGAAAUCUCGGCCAUUCCUACCAACAGUUUCCUUGACGGGUCGGGUCCGACCACUUCCUUCGGGUACUCAGAUGUCAAGAGCGCCAGGAGCAAGAGCCCGUCUCGCACAGCUGACUACGUUGCCGGCACAGCCUCUGGAAUGGGUGCCGCGUCUGCUGGCGAUAGGUCUCGGACAAAGAACCGUGAAGACCGUGAGCGGGUGUCUGUCUCCAAAACUCGGGAGCGUGAACGGGAGCGUGAACGGGAGCGGGAGAAGGAAAGGGAGAGAGAACGCGAACGAGAACGCAAACACAAAUCGAGCAAGAGCCGGGCCAGCAGCGUCAGCAAGGAUGACCGACACACCGAGCGUGCUAGGUCGCCCAGGAGGCGUUCGAAGGGUCAUUCGGAUUCAGUUGUCUCGGCUGCAGACUCUAGUGUUGUCUCCUCGGCCUUCUCACAGCACACAGUCCGAUCGGGCGCCUCCAAGGCGUCGUCUAUCAACAACCCCAAACUGCUGGAGACGGUCGAGGAUGCAAUUCGCCGCCUCAUCCUUCCUGAGCUGAAUGCUUUGAAGCGGGAGCAGAGUCAACGGAAACCCCGUCGCGAUUCCUUGACCUCCACAAGCACAACAACGGCGUCAAGAGAUGACUUUACCAGUGAUAAGCGCCGGGGCGCUGGCGCUGACAAGUCGAACCCUCGUGAUAGCAUGAGGAGUAAGGAGAGUCGCGAUCGUGAGGCUCGUAAUGAGUUCAGCGACAGCAGUGGUGGCCUCAGUCAAGAGGAAGACUAUGACGAUUUUGACACCCCUGUUCGUGCUGUUGCUCCUCUAAGAAUUCCAUCUAACUACGAAAAGUCGCCGUCGGAUGAUAAGCAGCAAGCCAGGAGAAGACGUCGUGCCGAGAUGCGUGGCCGUAUGUCAGAGCAUGCGCUCGACGAUGAAGAGUCCGACUUAAGCCCUCCCGUCCCUCCAAUGCCACUGAUGAGUGAUGUGAAUCCCUCUGAUGUGACGAGGGCCUCCAUCUUGACGGCUGACAGCGAUAGGCCUCUUUCUGCAACCCAAGAGCGGACCCCCGCUCGCGGUGCCCCGGACGACCUACGGUCCGACACCUCUACACCAACGCCAACAAAGCUCGCCGACAUUCCUGCUCUGCCAGGCCUGCUCUCCCAGGUGUCCCAUGGCGAUCUCAAGCUGUUACCAAAGCAGCGGACUGGCGAACCUGAUGAGUAUGUGCUAGACGACUAUGGAAACAAGGUUCCGCGUCGGCGCUACCGCGGCGAAGAAGACGAGUACGAUGACGCCGACGAUGCCUAUGGUGCACAGAACCCUUACGAUUAUUACAGCACACAGGAUGUCCCCCCUCCUCUGCGAUAUGUGCCGUAUCAGCCUGAGCGCCGCGGCCUCAGCCCAAUCCCGAGCGUCUCGGGCUGCACCGAAAGCGACCUGCAACCCAAUCGUGACUCUAUUUCCAACCCUCGGGCCAGCGAAGCCGGUUCUGCAGUAAGCCACGAUUAUCUAGACGAAGAUCGGAGCACCCGCAGCUCUGUUCGUGACCAGCAGCCUGUGAGUGCGGUGAGCAGCGAAUUGGAGCCUCCCUCUCCGGCCAAGGCUGUUCGUGCCGUUGACAGCAAGAACCCCGACUUCGUGCACCCUGUUACUGUUGAGUCGAAUGUUGCGUCACUUGUUGACGGCUCAAUGCUCGAUGGUUCCGUUAUGACAGGUGAAUCAAGCGCCCUUGGUCACCAUACAUAUAACCAUGUCCGUGAGUCGAUGGCUACCGUUGAGGAAGAGCUUUCGAGAGACCAUGGCACUCCUUCCAAGCGCUCUGUGGAUGAGCGCGGAGAGACCCCAAGCCAGGACUCUCGCGAAUAUAUCGAGUACGAGCUGGAUGAGUAUGGGCGUAAGGUGCCCAUGUCUCGCUACCGUCAGGCUCCUACGAUGUCGGAGGCUGCCAUCACCAGUGCUGCUGUCGGUGCUGCCGCUGCAGCUCUCAGGCAGCAGCAAAAACAGCAGCAGCAGCGACAGCAACAGCAACCGCAUGUCAUUUCGGAUGAGGAAGACUUUGAGCCGGCGGGUGUUCAGCGCAACAAGUCGUUCAAGGAGCGGACCAAGAACUUGAAUGGUCCGAAGCCUGGUAUCGAGACCCCCAGCGCUGAGCAACUGGUCAACGGCAAGGGCAACGAGGAGGAAAAGCCUAAGCUCGGUUUCAGCAGUGUCCCCGACCCCAAUGAUCCUCUGCCGGAAAUUGGUCAAUGGCAAGAUGAUGACAUGCUGACCAACCCCUCUCUCCUCAACGGCGACAGUGGUCGGGAAGAGCAAGAACACUGGCCUGCUGAUGCCACUCCUCGCCUGCAGCGAGGGGAUGCCCCAGACCGCAGCAUCCAGGCUACCCCGGAGCAAAGUGAAUGGUAUCGGUCUCCGGAGGACAAGAAGCGUGACACACUUGUCACCAAUCCGUAUGAGGGAUCGAGCCCGGUUGCCAACCUGCCCGCUAUCAACGAUGCCCUCUUGGGCAGCGGCGCCUUCAACAACCCGGCAUUUGACGAUCUCUAUGGUACACGCAGCCCAAUGAGCCACACCAAGGUUGAUGAGGGCUACAUCUCUCAGGGUCCGAACAAGACCCCCGACCCGCAAGCUGCCAAGGGUAAGGGACUCGAUCUGGCCGGGGCAGGAUCUGCUGCUGGGGCUUCCGAUUCUUUCCUUGCUCCACAGCACACGCGAAACUUCAGCGGCAUGUCCAGCGGCAUGGGCAAUCAGUUCUAUGAUGCCGCCACUGGUACGGGAAUUGAGAACAUUGAGUCCAAGGAUAUCAUUGCUCUGAUGCAGCAUCUGAUGGUUCGCGAUGCCCAACGCAGCGCACGCGACACAGAGCUCUUGGUGACCCUGGUCCGCGCUGCCACGGAGAUGCGCAACAACUUUGAGGACCUCAAGCGUCUGUUGGCCGAUACCGAAGAUGUAAUUAUCACCGAGGUCAAGGAGAACACAGAGAAGACGGUCCAGCGUGCCAUCGGUGGCCCACGCCCUUAUCCUGGCAGCUCCCGGAACUCGCAAGCCGGCACUAUCAGCGACGACAUCAAUGCCAAGAAGAGGAGCAUUUUCCGGCGUGCGCUCAAGGGCCUCACCUCCAAGAGUGCCAAUGAUCUCACCAGGAUUGAGGAGAUGCUCAUGCAGCUCCUGAAUGAAGUCGACGCCCUCAAGGCGCAGACCGCCGGAGGCAACAUGCAAAGCAGCAUGGCCCCAAGCAAUCUUGACAUGCAGUCGUACCAGGCCCUUCAGCCUGAGGGCCAAUAUGAGCAGGAUCAAGGCUACGAGCCGGAGGGCCAUGCUGGCACCUCAACCACAAGCUAUCCUUCUCAGUCUGGCCACUUUUCAGUUCAGAGCCGUGCAUCUGGCAGACCUGGAUAUGACCGCAAGCCCUCGGCGUACAGGAUCAGCACAGUACCGGAGGACAAUGAAGACGAGUACGACCACGGGGGGCGUGCUGAUGAUAUGAACAUAAUGACUCCUCCUCAGAACCAGCCCGCUAACGCGGCACCCCUGAACACAUCGCCUGCUGCUCAGGGCACCAAUGAUAACACUCCAAAGACCGAGGAGAGUGGCAAGAAGACUAAGUCCGGUCGGUCGAGCUGGUUCCGCCUGCCCAAGAUCUCACGGUGGUCGGAGACGACGACAUCCAGCAGUGUCCCCGAGUCUUCUCGGCAUAGCAAGCAGCCCAGCCGCGACGAGUCUGUCAACAACGCAUCCGCCCCGCCACAGUCUGAGCCGUAUCAGUAUGAAGACAACUACCAGUUCUCCCAGCCGCAGACAUUCCAAAGUGACAAGCUGCGUACCGGUUUCUCAGAGCAGGAUCUUACGCACGGCGGUUUGCAUGAGGAGCCGCAGCCCGACCCGGCGACCGUGUUUGACCAGAUCCCGUCUCCUCCUCCGGAGAGCAACUGGAUGACCCACAGCAUGACUCCCGAGAACCCCAAGUACCGGGCGCACCGUGAUUCCCUCAACCUGCAACACCCGCAGCCGCGGCCGGGCCAGACGGAGCGUUUCAAGGCUGCCCUAGAGUCCCAGGCUCUUGGCUUCGAUGUCGGCUCCCCUAUGAGCCCCAAGUCGGCCGACUGGGGUGCCUCCACUACGAGCCUGCCUCGCUUCCCGGCCGCUCCCGAGAGCUACGGUUCGGUCUCCCCUGGCCCCGGUGAGCACUACCAUUGGACGAGCUCGUCGCCUCUGCCGGCCGCCAAUCUGAGCGCUCCGCCGCUGCGCCCACCCAAGGAGCCGCUCGACUACCAAGACCCGAACGCGAUGGCCCCUCCUGCCAGCCCCGGUGGCCUCAGUCAGAUCCGCGGCACCCCCGUUCAGAUGCCGCCUAUGUCCGACUCGCGGUCGUCGACCCCUGCGCAACAUAAGCGCGUUACCGCCCUACAGGGCAAGCAGACUGGCGGCAGCUACAGCGUUGAAAGCGGGUACGGCACAAUGACCAGCGGCAGUGCUCCUGCUGCCGGCAGUGUGACCACGAGCGGCAGCAGCCCGAAGCUGGAGAAUCGCAAUCUGAGCAAUGCUCUGCAGUCGAGCGCUGUCAAUCGCAGGCCUAGUGGGCCUAGGCCGAUGACGCCUAGUGGUCGGGAGGAGAGGAGGAGGGAAAGGGGUCUGUUCUCUCCUUAA